UCUGUUAGGAGUAGAAUUAAAACCUUCCGGUUAAACAAUACUAAACCUAAAACAAUUAAAAUCCGAUUCCUAAUACUUAAAGAAACAGGCGUCCAAAAGGAGAAGAUCACAAAUAAUUUUUACCUAAAGAGGGGAAAAAAGAGAGGAGAAAAAGCUUCCUGUGGCCGACUCACCAUGAAGAGCAGGAGAGGAAGAAAGUACAGAGAUAAGCACUGCAUCAAGGAAGAAGAAGGGGGACUGUCAUUGCUUCCAGAUGUUAUUGUCAUGGACAUUCUCUCCCGUCUCCCAUUGAAAACCAUAAUUCAAUCCAGGUGCGUAUGCAAAACAUGGCAGAGCUUACUCUCAGACUCUUACUUUGCUUCUCUGCUUCAACAAAAGGCACGCCCCACGCUAGUACUCCAGAGUGAACCCAAACAGGGUCCUUCCAAUUUCUACAUGGUUGAGCUUGAAUCAGGCAUCCAUGGAGUCCUGAAAUUCAACACCAAGAACAACAUCCCUACCCGUCACGUUGAGCUUCUGGGUUCUUGUAAUGGGCUGCUUUGCUUGUUUGCUUUGAACUCGAUUAGAAGUUAUUAUCUCUGCAAUCCAAUUACUGGCCAGUUUGUCAAUACCCCUUCUAAUUCAAAGAAACAAAAAAGGGUUGGUAAAUUAGUUGCAACUGUUCAUGGGUUUGGUUUCAGUCCAGAAAGCAAUCAAUACAUGGUCCUAAGGAUAACCAAUAAGAAGUAUAAUCACCCAAACGUAAAUCUGCGCACAGAAGGCGAAGUUUAUACCUUUGGAACAGAUAAUUGGAGAAGCAUAGGGGAGGUACCCUUCCCUGUUCAUCAUAAAUUCUUUAGUAUUCAACUGAAUGGUGCCCUUCAUUGGAUUGCUGAAAGAGAUGCUAAUGGUGGGUCUGACAUUAUAUGCUCUCUCAACAUUGAUACCAAGAAGAUUAGCACAAUCGCAACGCCCCCUGACGAAUUUGACAGGGUUGAUAGUGAGAUAGUAUUGGGAGUUUUGGAGGGUUGUCUUUACAUAUGUGACAGUAUGAGUUUCUAUAACCUUGAGAUCUGGUUGCUGAAGAAUUAUGGAGUGGAGUCAUCAUGGAGUAGAGAGAUUGUUAUUGCCAAAACCUCGCUUCCAAAGGAGAUGCAGGAUUGUGUUCUGAAACCGAUUAUGAGAUUCAAGAAUGGAGAGAUUUUGAUACAAAAUGACUGUAACUACAUGAUUUUGUAUGAUCCAAGGAGGGGGAGUUUUGUCAAUGUCUCAGUAGGCAGGGUAGGGCAUGAAUUCAAAGCUGCUGCUCAUGUUGCCAGCUUUGAUGCAAUCCCUUGUUUGACAUUCUAG